AUGGGCCGCCCCCCGCCCCUCCGCCUGCUCCUCGUCCUCGCCGCCCUCCUGCCGCCUCCCGGGGCCCGCCGUGCCCCCCCCGCCAGCCCCCCGUGUGCUGCCUCGCGCCAGGCCGCCUGCGGGGCCGGCUGCAUCCCCGUGCCCUGGCUCUGCGACGGAGAGCGGCAGUGUCCCGAUGGCACGGACGAGAUAUGUGACGCUCCCUGUGGCGGGGACCCCCACGCGUGGCAGUGUGACGAUGGCCGGUGUGUUUCCAGCAGCUGGCGUUGCGACGGCGCUGCCGACUGCCUGGAUGGCUCUGACGAGCAGGACUGCGUGUGUGGGGCGAAGAAGCUGCAGUGUCCCGGCACUCACCACUGCAUCCCGCACUGGGAGCUGUGCGACCGGCACCAGGACUGUGAGGACGGCUGGGACGAGGAGGGCUGUCCCCAGCAGCCCUGCCUGCCCGGGCAGUGGCAGUGCAGGAACAGGGUGUGCAUCAUGGCCGAGUGGAAGUGCAACGGGGUCGAUGACUGCGGCGAUUCCUCGGAUGAAGAUGUCUGUGCCCCCUGCCCACCUGGCAUGGUGAGGUGCGACGAGGGGAAGUGCAUCCUGGAGUCUCUGAUGUGCAACGAUGAGGAUGACUGCCUGGACGGCACCGAUGAGCCCAGCACAUGCGGACGGAGCUGCUUUGUGCGCAACGGGGGCUGUGCGGAGACGUGUGCUGACACCCACUGGGGCGUGCAGUGCUCGUGUGGGGCCGGCUGGGUGCUGCAGGCUGACGGGCAGAGCUGUGCCGAUGUAGACGAGUGCUCCCUGGAGUACAGCCCCUGCAGUCAGCUGUGUAGGAACACACCGGGAGCUUUCACCUGCUCCUGCCUCGAGGGCUAUACGCUGCGCCACGGCACCAUCUGCGAAGUGGCAGACAACUCGACGCAGCUCCUGGUGGCCGUCGGGGAGGACCUGGCUCUUCUGGACGUGCGGACUCAGGCUUACCGGCCCCUGCUCUCCACCGAGACUGAGCCCCGCGCCCUGGUGUACGACUUGCUCCGGGAAACCUACUACUGGCUGACAGAAGAGGGCGAGCUCUGCGCCCACCACCCGGGGAAGGGCGCGCAGCUUCUCUACGCAGAUGCUGGGGAGGUGAACAGCAUCUCCGUGGACUGGUUCACAGGGCAGCUGUACUGGGCCAGCAGCCACCCUGCGGCCAUCUGUGCGGGGCUGGGUGACGGCCGGGGCUACGUGACGGUGCUGGGGAAGGAUGUGGCCCCAGAACAGCUGACGGUGUAUCCAGCUGCAAGGUCCCUGUACUGGGUCAACCGUGGGCAGCGGGGCCGGACAGUCAUCGCUGCAGCUGGCAUGGAUGGCUCAGACCGCCGGGAGCUCACGGUGGUGUCCAUGGAGGAACCUGUGGGGCUGAGCCUGGACCACGUGGCCGGCAGGCUGUACUGGAUCAGCGAGUACAAGGAGUCCAUCGAGACGCUGCAGGUGGAUGGCAGUGGGCGCCACUCCUUUCCCUCCGUCCUGCGGAGCCACACGGAGCCGCUGGGCCUGGCAGUGUUCGAGAGCCGGUUCUUCUGGGCCGAUGGCACCGAGCUGGUGUCCGCCAGCAGGGCCUCUCCCCAGGAGCACGCCGUGCUGCUCCGGGCCCCGGUCUCGGCUUUCACCGUGCUGCACGUGCUGCAGCAGCCACCACGGGAUACCGCUGCUUGUGCUCCGGGCCUGUGCAGUCACCUUUGCCUCCUGUCCCCUGUGCACCCUCGGGGCUACAAGUGUGCCUGUCCAGAGGGCCUCUACCUCCUGCCCUCAGGGAAGUGUGCAGAGCUGUCCAUCGCAUACUCCUCAGGGACAGCCAUCUCCCUGGUGCAGCUGGGCCCCGGGCCACGCAGCCGACGAGUGCGGGAGUGGCGGGAGCCCCUCCACCUACAGGACGUGGACUGGCAGAGGUCAGUGCUCUACGGGACAGAUGACAGCGGGACGCUGCUGCGUGUUGUGGGGCACCCUGGGAGGAGAGAAACCAUCGUGACCAGGCUGCCAGUCUGCUCUGCCCGCGUGGACAUCCGCUCAGGGAACGUGUACUGGCUGGCGUGCAACCGGAGGGACAUCGGGGUGACCCAGGCGCCUGACAUGACCCCGCACAUCCUGCACCGUACUCGCAGCAGCAUCCAGCACCUCUUCUUGGACUGGCAGCGGGGGGCUCUGUACUGGCUGGCUCCUGGGCAGCCCCUGCAGCAGCUCAGCCUGGCUGGGGGCGACCCGCAGGAUGCCUGGAACGAGACGUGGCCUGGAGAGCUGCCCGCGGCCAUGGAUAGCAGGGCCUUCAGCCUGCUCUGGAGCUCAGCCCUGGGCCUGAGGGCACUGAGCCUGACCAAACGGCAAGCAGUCACCCUGGCACCCAGCUGGCCCCAUGGUCUUGUGGCUGCCUUCGAGCCGUACCUGGUGUCCGUUAACAAGACGUCUCUGCUGCUCUGGGACCGGAGGACGCUGGCCCUCGUGCUGUCUGUGCCAGCAGAAGGCGUGCAGGGAGUGGUGGCCUUCGUGGACUUGGAGCUGCCUGCAGUGCCAACAAGCAAAGGGCCUGCCCUGCCACUCCAUCCACCCCUGACCACUGUGUCGAGGACAAGCACGACCACUACCUCGAGGACAAGCCCAACCACCACACCCGCUUGGCCUACCACCACCUCCACACGAGCUCCACCACGCAAGACCACCACUGUGCCUACCACCACAGCACCAACCAGCAAGGCCACCGCAGCACCAACCACCACCAGCCUGUCCACGCCAACCAAAACCACCCCUGCACCAACCACCACCACCACCAGCCGGUCCACCCCAACCACGACCUCUGCGCCAGCCACCACGCAGACCGCACCAACCAAGACCACCACCAGCACCACCACCACCGCUCGGUCUGUGCCAACCAAGCCCGCUGCCCCACGGCCAGCUACGACCACGCAGCACCCAACCAGCCCUGCACGCCCCCUCACCGCCGUCCCCCGUCUGUCCUGCCCUCGCACACACGUGCCCUGCCGUGACGGCACCGAGUGCGUGGCCCAGGAGUACGUGUGUGACGGGGAGAAGGACUGUGCGGAUGGCUCCGACGAGGACGGCUGUGCCCAGCUCUGCGACACCCCAGGGGCCUUCCGCUGCGUGAGCGGCGCCGUGUGCGUCGGGGCUGGCGAGCACUGCGACGGGGUGCCUCAGUGCCCCGACGCCUCGGACGAGGCGGGCUGCUGGAGCCCCACGCAGGACUGCGCCCUGCGCUGCGACGCUGCCACCCGCUGCGUCCCCGAGAGCUGGCUGUGCGACGGCCACGCCGACUGCCUGGACCGUGCCGACGAGCAGCACUGCGCGCCCAAGGAGUGCAGCCCAGCCGAGUUCCCCUGCCGCAGUGGGCAGUGCGUGGCCCUGUCCCUGCGCUGCGACGGGGACCGUGACUGCCGGGACGGAUCGGACGAGGAGGGCUGUGCCGUGCCGCGGCCCCUGCUGUGCCGCGCGGGCGAGGUGGCGUGUCCCCACAGCAGGCAGUGCGUGCCAGAGGCCUGGCGCUGCGACGGGGCCGCCGACUGCGAGGACAGCACGGAUGAGCAGGGCUGUCCCUGGGAGGAAGGGCUGUGCCGUGACCAGCAGUGGGGCUGCUCCCGGGGCCACGAGUGCGUGCCCAGCGCCUGGCGGUGCGACGGAGAGGCUGACUGCACGGACGGCAGCGACGAGGCCAGCUGCCAGCCCGCUCCGUGUCCGAGCCAUGAGUACCCCUGUGGGCUGGGGGUCUGCCUCAACGUAUCCCUGGUGUGCAGCGGGGAGCAGGACUGCAUGGACGGCUCAGAUGAGGGGGGGAACUGCUCCCUGCCCUGCCAGCUACGCUGCUCACAACUCUGCCACCCCUCACCCCAGGGCCCUCGAUGCUAUUGUGCCCCGGGCUAUCGGCUGGCCGAGGAUGGCCUGACCUGCGUGGACAUAGAUGAGUGCACGGAGUGGGGUGAGCGAGCCUGCAGCCAGAUCUGCCUCAACGCCCCGGGGUCCUACAGCUGUGGCUGCCUCGCUGGCUACCUGCUGGAGCCCGACGGCCGCGUCUGCAAGCUGGGUGGACCAGAGCCCACCUUGCUGGUGGCCGUGCAAUCAGAGGUGCUGUCCUACGGCCUGCGGAGCGGGCGUGAGGAGGUGCUGCUGGCCACGGACAAGGAGCGCAUCGUCUUCUCGCUCGACUAUGACCCGGCAGAGAGGAAAGUUUUCUGGAUGGACCUGGCCACGGAGAGCAUCUGCUGGCAGGGCCUCGACUCGGGCAAGAAGGGCACGUUGGUGAAAGGGGUGAGGUCAGACUGUAUCGCUGUGGACUGGCUCGGGAGGAACCUGUACUGGACAGAUGGGGCAGCAGGGCAGGUGCUGGCCACUCGUCUGGGGGUUGCCUGGCGAGGGAAACCAGAGUACACCGUGGUGCUGGAUGGAGACAUGGACCAGCCCCACUCCCUGGUGCUCCAACCUCUGGCAGGGAUGCUGUACUGGUCGGAGGUGGGGAGCCUACCCCGCCUGAUGGAGGCCACCAUGGACGGGAGCCGGCGGCACGUGCUGCUGGCGCAGGGGCUGGGCUGGCCCACAGCACUGGCCCUUGACCUCCCUGCCUCAAGGAUCUUCUGGCUGGAUGAGAAACUGAGCAGCGUGGGUUCUGCACGUCUGGACGGCUCUGACGUGAAGGUGUUGCAGCUGGGCUGGGUCCGGAGCCCUUUUGCAGCAGCAGUGUGCGAGGGGCAGCUCUACUGGUCAGAGAGGAAGACGUGGUCGGUGCAGCAGGUGGACAAGGCUACUGGCAAGAACAGGACCGUGCUGCUCAAGCGGCACGGGCAGCCCCACGGCCUCCAGGUGAUGCACCCAGCCCUGCGCCUGGCGGCCCCUAACCCGUGCGCAGCGCGUGGCUGCUCCCACCUGUGUCUGCUGAGCACCCGGCACUCCGGGCAGUGCCGCUGCCCUACUGGGCUGACCCUGGCUGCCGAUGAGACCACCUGCCUGCCCCUCCACGAUUCAGCCUUCGCGCUGCUGGUGUCACCAGCAGCUGUGAUGCAGGUCUACCUGAAGGACCUGCCCACAAAGGCUACGUCCCAAGGCCUCCCUCCGCACCGGGCCCUGCCCCUGGCCAAGGUGGGACGCCUGACUGCCGUUGACUACGCGGUGAAGGACAAGAGCCUGUAUUUCGCAGAGGUGGGGGGCGACUCCAUCGGGCUGCUGCGCCUGAAGGACUCGGGCCGGCUCUCCUGGAAGCAGGCGGUGGCUGUGGAGGGCACGGUGUCCUCCCUGGCCCUGGACUGGCUGAGCGGGAACCUGUACUGGAUCGGGGGGCAGCCAGCCAGCAUCCACGUGGCUGCACCCGGCGGGCGCUGGGCCCUGGUGCUGCUCAGCGAGGGGCUGCAGGGGGCUGCCUGGCUGGCGCUCUGCCCUCGCGCGUCCACCAUGUGCUUUGUCACCGCGGCGGGGAGGCGGGGGCCUGGAGCCGCAGUGGAGUGCGCGGCCAUGGACGGCACCGGCCGCAGAGUGCUCUGGAGGAAAGCCCGGUCUCCUGCUGGCCUUGCCUUUGGGGGUGCUGGCACCAGGCUGUACUGGGCAGACCGGGAGAGGGGUGCGAUCAGCAGCAUUGAGCUGGACGGCUCCCACUUCCGUCUGGUGCGGGAAGGGCUGCACGGCCUCUCGCUCUUUGCCAUCGGAGACGGCUUUCUGCUCUGGACCGCAGCCUCAACUAAUGGCUCCAGCAAGGUCUGGCACAGCCGACUGGAGCAGGCCAAGAGCUGGUGGUUCCCGAUGGAGCAGGAGCUGGUAGCCUUGAGGAUUUACAGCCAGGUCUCUCAAGAAGGCACCCACGGCUGUGCGAAGAGCAACGGGGGCUGCAGCCAGCUCUGCCUGCCCAACCCCACGGGACGGCAGUGCCGCUGCUCCCUCGGGUACCGCCUGGUGCGCGAGGUGACCUGCGUGCUGGCCCCACCGUGCCCGGCCCCGCUGCACGCUUGUGCUGACCUCCAGAGCUGCAUCUCCAGAGAACAGGUCUGCGACGGGCACCCCAACUGUGCUGAUGGCUCCGAUGAGUCAGGCUGCCCCUCUGUGGAGCCGAAGACCCAGGUUCCUAUGGUGGUGGCACCAUCAGGUAUCUCCCAUGCAGAAGAGGAGAAACCAGCCAUGCCCUCAGCUGCAGCUGUGCCUCAGCAGCCCGUCCCUAGCCUGUCUGCAGCCCCCGGCCCUCGGGAGCACGAAGAACCCUUCCUGGUAACCCCCAACACCGAGGAGGUGCUGGGGGCCGUGCCGUGCAGCAGCGAGACGUGUAACCUGCGUGGGGACUGCGCCAUCGAGGCUGGGCGGGUGACGUGUCACUGCGCCCUGGGCUACCGCGGGGACUACUGCGAGGAGGCCGAGGUGCAGCCGGUGGCAGGACCCAUCGCCCUGGGGGUGGCCGUGCUGCUGCUGCUGGCUGCUGCUGCUGUCGGGGCCCUGGCCUACAUGCGGAGGCAGGACAGGAGAAGGAGGACCUCAAGCACCGCUUCCACCCGGGUGCUGACCCUGUACCACCGUGAAAGUGACCCCGAAGAAGAGGAUGAGGAGGAGGAAGAGCUUCCCCCCAAAAUCGAUACCUUUGUGAACGAAGCUUAUGACGGGAAAGAGGAGCUGCCAGCCGCACUUGGGAAGGGACCAUCUCGCCCUGAUCCUGUAUUUCCAUAAAGGAACAUCGUGCAGCA